CAUCCAUGGUGACCGGGACAAGAGGAGCGAGGCAUGCAGCAGUCAGCCACUUUGUCAUGUAGUCCAUUGUUUCGCCUUAAGUUAAACAUUGCACUGUAGCUCUCAGAGGAUCGCUUGCAAACUACUGAAGGAAAAAAAAACUGUUUUUGAAGACGCACAAAAUCCGGACUCAUCUGAAAAGAAUGAUGGUUUUGUGGUAUUGUGCAUUCAAAUCCUGGAACGGUAAAGUUUGCCUUGCUUUCCUGCCUUCCUUUUUUUUUCCUUUGGCCAACAUUUGGUUAAAGGGAAUUCUGUAUGUAAUCUGACUACAGUGAAGCUCCAUAAGUGGGAGGAACUUCAGAGGAUAGUUUGACUGGGACGAGAGUAAUCAUCUCACACUGAGAAACAAAUUUAAGACCGAAAGAGGUCCUUGCUUCUGCGUUUCAUGCAACAGUUUCUGCAGUUGGACAGACAUACGCGAGGAAGAUCCAAUUGAUUAUUACAACCAAGAUUUGAGUCCUUCUACGGCACCGCCGGAAUGUAUGGAUGCUUCAAGAUCAAAAAAUGAAGCGGAGGAUGUCACCGUGGGGAGCCGGCUUUGGAAGUGGGCGAAGCAGUGACCCUGCAGCCAUGGCAUCAGGACCCCCAGAUGUGAUGGCCAACCAGGAGCCUGUUGAGGUUGUGGAAGAGUGCUCAGGAAAGAAGAAGUCCAAGUUCCAGACUUUUAAAAACUUCUUUGUGAGGAAGAAGAAAAAGGAGUCGUCAGGAGAUCAUGCAGAGCUUAAAGGCAGCCAGUCGAGUGAUAACAUCAGCAAAACAUCCGAAAACAAUACUCUCAGUCGGUCGGAGAAGGGGAAAGGGUCAAAGAUUAGCCUGGGCAGCAAGGCCUUGUCACACGACUCCGUCUUUGUCUCGGACUCAUCGGAGGCCAACGAGGCUCUGGGGGCAUCUCAGGACAGCAUUCAUGGAAAAGUGAAAUCGCUUCAGCUUCAGCUGAAGCAGGCCAUCAGGCUGGGCUCUCCUCCAUCGCUGAUGUGUGUCAAGAGGACGGAAGAUGCCGGAACUAUGUCGGAGGAUGACGGUCUGCCCUGCAGUCCCCCCGAGUACACGUCUUCUCAAGCAGCCAGGAAUCACGCUGAGAGGAACAAUUCACUCAACCUUGCGGGGGGCGAUACUGACGAAGACCAGUUGUCCAGGAGAGCAGUGAGCCCCCUGGUGACGGUUCCGGGGGAUUUCAGUCAGCCGGCAAGCCCUUUUGGCUGUCUGGAUAAUUCUGCUGCCAAGCACAAGCUGGGCCUAAGACACAAAGCCUGUAACCGGAGGAAAGCUGCCAAUAGGCUUGAGAUUAAAUCAGAGGAACACAAUGGCAUGGAUGGAUCGUUGAACAUUUCCUUCCCGGACACUUUAGAGGCACCAGAGGAAGAGGAGAAACGAGAUGCAAGCGACGAUGUGAUGAAACAAAAGCCAAAAGAGGAGAAAGAAGCUCAGGAGAAAGAGCAGCCAUUGUUGCACGAAUCAGCGGAAGAGGAUGAUUUGGACGUUUCUCUUGAUCAGGACACUUCCUGUCACUCGGGGGUGGGAGCAGCUGACACUCAGCCUUCGCCCUCCCCCGAACUCAGUAACGGAGGCUCUUCUCUGGACAGUCCCAUAGCCACACCGGAACCCCCUGCUGGCCACCAAGAUUUCUGGGACCAUUCUCUUGUGAAUGGAAAAGAGAAGGGCAUGGAUGGACUAGAUCUGGGAGAAGAAGAUGGACUUGGAGAAGGUGUGGAGGGUGACGGCUCCUUCUUACAGGAAGUGCUCAGCUCCCUGAAGACGCCCCUACCUUCUUGCACUCCAUGUGUGGCCUCUGAGGAUGUUGUCCUGGAUCUGAAUGACGAGAACAAGGAACAGGAAAAUGAAGAGGAGGUGAUGGAUGAGCCUGCAUUUCCUCAAAUUGCUCCAUGUGAUACCCUAUUGGAUCAGUCUAGCGAGGAAGAGGAGGAGGAGGAGGAGGAGGUAGCUGCUUUGACUAGUCCUUUCCUACAUGUGGAUGAGGAAGAAGAAAGUGAAGAUGAUGAUGAAAAAGAAGAAGAGGAGGAGGAGGAACUUGUUGUGGAAAGAUUCAGUCAGCCUUGUAUCCGUUUAGAGGAUGAGCAUCACGACUUGCCACAAGAAGUCAAACCUGAAGAACAGCACGACAUGUACAAAACAGAAUCGAACCACAGGGAAGAACUGGAAACUGAAGAAAGUGCGGAAGAUCAGAAAUUAAUCGAUCUUCAAGUGGAGGGAGAAGGUCAUAAGGUGAGGGCGGAUGUGGAGGAAGAGGAAAAACAACAGUGGACGGAAGUGGCAGAAGACGAAGCGUGGGAAAUGCUUCCCGUUGAAACAUGCCAAGAGGUUUGCAAUGUGACGUUAUUGCCGGAGCAAAGGGAAACUUCACAUGUUGAUACCAUGGGUAACUCACAAUGCACACAUGAAGUUGAAACACUUCAGUCAUGUGAUCUGGUAACCAACCACGAGAGCCAAAUAUUUCCCAAUGAAAAUGAUCGUGAAAGUAAAGCAAGAGAGGAGGAUGAAGACUUCGAGCACACAGAGCUCCAUUCAGGAGAAGAUGAGGGGAAGGAUAGAGAUGUGGAGCAGGAAGAAUUGCUGGAGAUGGAAGAAGAAACAGAAACAAAGCAAACAAUAUCAUUUAGAGUGUCUUCUUCUUCACACUUUGAAUCGCCUUCACAAGACACUGAGACCUUGGGUCUGAGCACACCAAGCACUCCCGGUGAGACUGACCCUCCCGCCGAGACCAUCACUCCCAUCGUUCCCUGUGAGACUGUUACUCUUGAAGAGACCACCAUUUGCACCGAGAGCCUCCCUGCCAGUGAGACCUUCCCUCAUGCUGAGGUCAACAUUCCCAUCGAGACCUUCUCCAACUACCAACCUCCAAACACUCCAGUCCACACAAACCUGGUCUCUCCGUGCUUAGAGUCGGGCACAUUCGCCUUUCAGUUGUCUCCAUCUGACGAAGAUCCUAAAGUUGCGGCAUCCUAUACAAUAACAGAGCAACAUGUUGAUGAAGAGAUCACUGACACUGGAAUGGAAGUCAAAGAAGAGCCGGUGACUCCGAUUUCUGAUACAGAUGUUGUAGAUGAAGCCACGCCUCUACCUGAGGAGGAAGUAGUCAACCAGUUACCGGAACGUCCCAAUAAGAGCAAAGUUCGCUUCACAAUCAUCCCUGCCUGGCAGAGAUCCCUCUCUGGUGGGGAGCCCAAAGAAAUCCCGCCCCCUUCAUCAGCCCCAACCCCCAGCCAAGAGCCUGGAGAUGAGGAUGUGGAGGAGACCACCAAGAAGGACCCACAGUUGGAGGCCCAGAUGGAGAAAUGUGUCAAAACAACAAUAGCUGGCGGGACUGCUGUCAAAGCCUUCAAUGAUACGGUCCAGGACCCAGUGACAGCGCAAACCUCAGCUGCUGCAACUAAAGAAGAGAGCACUGUGGCGAUGGAGGGAAACAAUCCCUUUGGAAUUCGGCUGAGGAAGACUGUAGUGCUGCAUCGCUUUGGUUCGGAAGAGGAAAACACAGAGGCACCCGUUGAGCCUCCGGCGCAGCCUGUUACUUGUAAAGUUGAAAUGAGCAGUUUUAAAGCGUCCAUAAGUCCACCAGUUUUCACCAAACCUGCCCUUCCCAAGAAACCAGAUGUCCACGGGGAGACUGGAGUGAAAAGCAAACGUGUCUCAGAACCUGCUGCAGCUCGUGGUGUCCCCGCUGAAUCUGAGCGUCCCAGCUGGAUCUCCAUGGCCAGACAAAAACAGAAGAUCUAUAAAGAAAAUUCACUGGACGAGAUGACCGUCAAGAAGGAGGACCAAGACAGUAACUCUUCGUUGCCUUCGUAUGUCAGCCAAACAUUAAAAAAGGAACUCUGCACCAAAACAUCCGACUUCUUCGGAAAAGUGAGUUCUUCAGAGAUCAGUAAGUCUCCAUCAACUACCGAAAACGAGACCAAGAAGCAACUCUCCCCUGUUACUCCAGUGCCACCUCAGCUUCCCAAAUGUCAGCCACUCCCUUGCCCUGUCACCCCCAAAUCCACUCUUCCCUCAGUCACCUCCAAACCCGCACCGCAGGCCUCCUCCUUUCAACGAUCCCUAUCCCCUCCUACUCCUGUUCCAGUUCCCGUAAAAGCUCCUUCUAGCUCCAACCCGCCCGCUGUGUCCAAACCCCCCCUAGAACCCAAGCCAGCGCAGAGCCCAAGCACGACACUCACUUCGCCCCCUUUUCCAUCAAGAAUCAACCCUCCGCUGACUGCUUCAAGAGUUCCUGUACUUUCUGGUCCGCCGACGGAGUCUCAGCGUGGUCUCCCAUCUCCAUCUUUGCCCCAGGAUGAGCCACCGUGGAUGGCUCUGGCCAAGAAGAAGGCCAAAGCCUGGAGCGAGAUGCCCCAGAUAGUUCAGUGACGAACAGGGACGCUUCGGUACUCUGGCUCACAUUUGAUUAUUUGACUCUACAGAGAGUCUGAAUGGACCAGAAUGCAUUUGCACAUUACUGAAAUCUUAUUAUUGUUGACUCUUGCUUUCUUGUUUCUCAGCAUGACUCACACAAAUUCUUUAUUUCCAUAUUGCGUACAGCGAUGUUGCAUGAAUGGCAGGGUAAGUAGCUCCAAAAUAUAUAUGUAGCUCUAACUUGAAAGGUUUAUCCACACGUCUGCACUUUUAGUUUAUAAUAAAGUGCCUGUUUGUGAUAAGAAAUAAUAACAUUGGGAUAUUAUGAGUGACUAUCAUGGUCAAACAAAACAAUGUAAAAAGUAAAAAACCCAAGGAAAGAGUCUUAAAGUCACAUCAAUGAUCUCAGAGUGCUAUUAUUACAAGACUAAAGUUAUAAUUUGUCAGGGGAAAGAGAAUAGUUUACAGGUGAAUGGAAAAAAAUAUAUACCAUACAACAUAAACACAGCCAUCUAAGAACUCCUACUUUAUAUAUAAAUCGGGUAAUGUCUACACUUUUAGUUCGAUAAGAUGUUUCGCCUGAAUACACUAAUAUGAAUGAUCCUUCUUGAGGGGAAGGUUUUCUGAAAAGCCAAGACUUGAUUGUAGUAAAUUGCAUUUUUCCCCCCUCAUAUUACAACUGACUUGUUAUAUGUAUUUUUUUCAAACCUAACUUUUUUUUCUCCCUCCUAAUUUCAUAUUGUUAAGGUUUACUGUCCUAACACAAUUAACAAAAGCCAAGAGAGACAAAGUCCAAGCCUAAAAGAGUGUGCUUAUUUUAGAAUCUAAUACCAAGCCACAUUUUGGAGGAAUCUCAUCCGAUUGGAGCAAAAUCUACAUGAACUGACCAAAGUUGUGCUGGUGUUUCACCAAAGUGAUCUAAUCUGCAUUUCCUUAAGGGGCCACUAUUACUUUUCGGUGGCCAAUGUAGUAUUUUUAAGUCUUCAUCAUCAUACAGGAACAUGAUCUUAGAAUGCUUAUUACAUGGAUUUAAAUAUUUUUAGUUUUUGUUUCAUCUUGGCAGCCAUAUAUGGGCUGUUUAAUUUCUUAAUCACUACCAAAUGUACAGAUAACGAUUCAGAUAAUCUACAGACGCAGUCAGUAGCCGUUUGGAGAUUGUUAUUCAUCAAAAUCAUCAAGGAAGGCGAGAGAGCUUGCAUUGGUAUCAGAUUGAAUGAGAUUGAUUAUCUCACUAUGAGUUGUUUGUUUUAUUUUGUAUUGCCUUUUGAGUAUUUUUUGUGUACAUAUAUGGUGCAGUAAAUAACAAAUGAGAA